AUGGAUGAUACAUUACCCUUAUUACCUAAUAGAGGAGAAAUAAUUUGCGCAGACGUGCGACCGGUACUUCGGGAAGUUUUUCGUGAUGUCGAAUACCUUCCUCCACUCGUGUCAUGCCUAACUGAAAAGGAUGAUGAAUCAGAUUUAAUUGGACAAUGCGAAUGGAUCGAUGAAUUUUCAUCGGAGUGUAAAGAAUUGAACGAAAAAGAAAAGAAGUUAAAAAAUAAGUAUGCAGAGCGGUUAUCAAGAAAACCCCUUCCAAAUAUUUACAAAAUGUAUCCAGAAACUGGCAGUGGUGAUCAAGAGUCUUGGACCAUAGUUAGAAAGGAUUUGAAGCCAACUAUAGAACAAGAUGCCGCUUGUGACGCAAGGUUAUGGAUAAAGAAUAUACUUAAUAGAAGUUCUGGUGAUUUGACAAAUAAACCAUAUGAGCCUCAUAUACAUAGCAAAACUGUGUUGCUUCCGGUUGAGAACUCGACGAUACAAUCGUACAGUAUCGGGGAGGCAGUUCCACCUCCACACCCCCUACCCCCGAAGCUUAUACUGCAACCUCCAUUACCAGAGUACAUGAUUUGCGUACCUCCAAGAAUUGAAUUUGUCAACUUCACUCUAGGAAAUGUGCAUACGGAAUCAGUCCGUCUUAUAAACAUAUCCAAGUUUGAGUUACGUCUAUCCGUGUCGCCUCCAAAACGUCGAGAACUAGAUAUAGAACUUUGUUCUCGUCUGGUGGUAACUUCAGGUUCAGCUGCGGAAUUUAAAAUACACUAUCGUCCAGUUGAUGUGCUGUCAGUCACCGACGAUCUGCUAGUGAGAGUUUCUUCUGGGAAAUCCUUGAAGAUUCCAAUCGCUUGUUAUAUGCAACCGCCAAUACUUGAAAUACUUGUACCAAACUUGACGUCAAUUCACAUGGAGUCCAUGAAGACGGUAAAACUAACACGUGAUGUACUAGAUCUAGGGUCGAGGCUUUUAGGGGAUGUUCAUCGAGCGUCGUUAUUAUUCUUCUGCGCUGAGAAACAUGCGAAUUUCUUUUUGCUACCUGAAGAUGCCUGGCUAAGCUUCAGUGUUGAUAUUGCAGCUAACUCUAGUAAAGGUAAAACAGUUGGAGGUGCAGCCAGUGAUAGCUUCUGGCUCAGUCCGGUUCGCUGGUCAGGAGGCGGGACCACGAGGGCCUUAGCUGUUUGCUAUGCAUCGGAGCCAGGGCUACACACCACAGCUUUGAGAAUAAUUUGCUCCACGGCUAUAGUGCGGUCUUUGAAUGUGGUGGCUGAUGCGUUGUGGUUCAGGACGGAUCACAUUACUUUGGAGGCUCACGAUAAAGACUACGAUAUACGUAGUGAGGAUGAUGAAGCAUGCGAGUAUUACGUGCGUCUCGGUACAGCUUUUCCAAGCCGAUCAUUAUCUGCUACAGUGGAAGUUUUGAAUCACAGUCCAGUAACGUAUCCCUAUUACUGGAGUGUAAGACCUUGGGGAGUUUGUUCCUGCUGGACCUCAUCUCAAACCUCACUGUUCGGAGAAGAUGACUUCUGUGAUGAGGCGAAGUACAACCGGAGUGAGAUGAAAACAAAAAAUGUUGCUAGUGAAGACGCAAAAGCAGUGAGAGUUGAGUCAGCCCAAGGUCGUCUCUUUCCAAGGUCGGUGACUCAACUCAUUAUCCGCGUGCCUGAUGUUGGUCAGGGUCUAGGCAUCCACAGAGCUGUGCUUAUGUUAAUAUUAAAGGAAAUUCCAAAAGAAAGUUUUCCAACUGAUUUUGAUCCUAUGAUUGUGAAAACUGAUAUCGUAAACGAGGAAGGAAUACCAGGAGUUUGUUCGAGUUGGACACGCGAACUAUGUGAUGUAGUUUGUUGUCAGCUUGAAGUAUGGUGGGAGGUGGUGCCCGUCAGAUUUGUCCUUGAACCGUCUGUGUUAAAGCUUAGGCAUUCGAGAAGAGUCAAAUCAACGGACGUUUGUAUAAAAGCGACACAGUUGUAUGGUGUAAGUGGUGUAAAGGCAAACUGGAACGUCAGUGGUGCGAAAACAAUAAAUUUACAGCCGGGAGAACCUAUCGCAACUCAGUUUAAUUUACAAAUGCAACGGCUACCCAACCACUUUCCCGAUACAGAUGUGAUUCAGUUAAAUGCAGAGAGUAAAGAAUGGAAAUGCUCGGCUUUCAUACAGAGAAAUUAUGAUACACGUCACCCCUCCUUGCGGCCUGCUUUUAAGUGGUUGGGCUUAGUAUCGCCUGGGGCUAAGGUCCAAACUGAGUUAAAAGUGCAUAAUGAUACCCAUCAACAUAUUUGUUGGUGGGCAACGUGUAUUCGAUGGUGGGGCGAGCGCCGCGUAGCAAACGUAUGCGCUGGCCGAGAGCCGUGCCCACAGUGCUACGAGCGUAGCUGCUCCUGCGCAUUGCUAAGUCCUACGAGAGGAGCGCUUGCGCAUGACCAAUCUGUUGUGCUCAAGUAUAGCGUUAUUGCGCCUGAUACAGAUGGAGUGGUAGCCACGCUGGUGCAAGUCCACCGAACAUCUGGUGACGUGUGUAUGGUGCAUACUGUUGCGGGAACAGAGGCAAGGGCUACUCUACUCGCCUAUAGAGUUCUCGCACCACGUGUAGUUAUGCGAGUCAUGCCGUGUCUCGGCGAUAAACAUGGACAUUGUAAAGUAUGUUCGUUAGAAACUGAUCGUCGGAAAGGCUGCGCUGUAUUAAGGCCCAGUUUUGCACUAACUGUUGGGUUUAGGAGCUGUUACCGAAUCAAAUGUAGCAACUUAACCCCUCUACCUACUACUGUCAAAUGGCAGAAGCCUAUUGAUGGCGAAGAUACUCUUAGAGUGAUAUUCAUGCCUAACGACUUUGAUCUAAAACCUCAUAGUUCUAUAAACAUACAAGUUGUUUUAGAUCCGCGAAAAGUGAGCCCCCGACGUAUAUACAGCGUACACGCAAUGGUUGGCCAUGCAUAUCAACCAGUCCAUCUUCUCAUUGAUGCUGCUGUAUCGGGCCUGGAAGUUGCCAUCGAUAUACCGCUAGGUGGCGCUGAAAACACGGAUUCGUUUGUAUCUAUGAAAAUGAUGGAGGUGAGAGAACAACAAAGCUUAAUAAUUUAA